AUGGCAAGUCAAAUCUUGUUGCUUGUGCUGCUUUUCGGGCUCAUCAUAGGUUCUGUUACUCCUCAGACGGCAUCUCUCUACCCGAUCAGUGGAACAACAAGCGCCAGAGUAGACGAUGGGAGCUCUCCUCGCAUUUCCCUGCAACGGAAUUUUGUGUAUUUCGGACAAACCUAUAGUCAGAUCUAUGUAAACCACAAUGGACACCUGACUUUUAGCAAUUCGUGGAGUAGGUACACAGCUCAAAGGUUUCCAUUACAUGGAACCAGAGACCUCAUCGCUCCAUUCUGGACAGACAUAGACAACAGAGGAAAUGGUCAGAUCAACUACCAGCAAUACACCAGCGGCAGUGUCCUCCAACGAGCUACACAAGACAUCAAUCAGUAUUUUCCUGGGCUGACCUUUAGUGCCAACUGGGUCCUUGUUGCAACAUGGUAUGAGGUGGCCUACUACUCAUACAGUGGAACACGUACAACUUUUCAAGCAGUCUUGAUCUCCGGAGGUCAGUAUUCAUUUGUGCUGAUGAACUAUGGCGUAAUAGCCCAAACCCAUCGCAAUGUACAGGCUGGAUUUGACACAAUCGGAUCCGUUCACCAUUUCACCAUCCCUGGAUCAUUCUCAAGCUCUGCAACAGGCCCUAACUCAGUUUUCCCCCGAACCAGCAAUGUCAAUGUACCUGGGCGCUGGGCUUUCCGGACAGACCAUGGGUCAAGAGGCUGCACUUUCAAUGGUCAAACUGUGCAGCUGGGUGAUACAUUCUGGAGUGACAGUACCUGUGCACAGAAGUGUACCUGCACCUCAGCAGGCCUACAGUGUCGCAGCGAACCGUGCACCUUUUCCCAAGUCUGCCAGCGUACUGCCUUUCAGUUCGCCUGUCGGACAGUCCGGAGACGUACCUGCACCAUAAGUGGUGAUCCACAUUACUACUCCUUCGAUAACAAAGUGUUCCACUUUCAAGGCACCUGCACUUAUGUUCUCUCUGAGCAAUGUGGUCUUGGGUUGCCUUACUAUAGAGUAGAGGGCAAAAACGAGCACCGGGGCAGCACUAGAGUCUCUUGGACACGACUGAUCAAAGUGCAUGUUUACAAUAAUACUAUUGAGCUUGUUAAAGGACGUCGUGGUGUAGCUAAGGUCAAUGGCAACUUUGCAGCCACUCCCAUCUUCCUGAACAACGGCACGAUCCAGAUUUAUGAGUCAGGUUUUUCUGUUGUUGUGAGUACUGUCUUUGGCUUGAAAGUAUCCUAUGACGUCAACCAUUAUGUCAGGAUCAGUUUGCCCUACACCUACCAGAAUGCAACAUGUGGCCUGUGUGGAAACUUCAACAAUCACCCUGAGGAUGACUUUCGAACCCCGCAAGGUGAGCUUGUGAGCUCUGAUGUGGUUUUUGCCAACAGCUGGAAAGCAGAAGGAGACACAGAGCCUGGUUGUGAAGCACAGUGUGGAGGUCUGGACUGUGCUUCCUGCACAACGGCUCAGACAACUCGAUACAGCAGCAAUGCCCAUUGUGGUAUCCUCCGGAGCAAUACUGGACCUUUUACUGUUUGCCACGGACAAUUUCCCCCACAGAACUUUGUAGAGAGUUGUGUGUAUGAUCUGUGUGUUGGAGAAGGGUACCAACCCAUCCUGUGCCAAGCCCUAAAUUCGUAUGCAAGUCAGUGUCAGCAGAAUGGUAUACAGCUGCCAAGCUGGAGGAGACAAGGCUUCUGUGAAAUUCCCUGCCCAGACAACAGCCACUUUGAAUCCCAAGGCACAGGAUGUCCAGCUACUUGUGUCAAUCCCAAUUCUACCCAAAACUGUCCUCUCCCUGCUCAGGAGAGCUGCAUCUGCAAUUCAGGUUACAUCCUCAGUGGUGGGGUCUGUGUCCCUCAUGCUGAAUGUGGCUGCAGCUUUGAGGAUCGCUACUACCGCUCUGGAGAAUCUGUAAUUCUAGAUAAUGACUGUGGGAGACGUUGUAGCUGCAGUUAUGGCUCCAUGACUUGUCGCUCCCAUGGUUGUGGUCAAUCAGAGUCUUGCAGAGUGGAGGAGGGAGAAAGAGGAUGCAGACCUAACAGCUAUGAAACGUGCUGGAUAAGAGGCCCAGGGUCAUAUCACACAUUUGAUGGAGUGACAUACCAGUAUCCUGGGGCAUGUCGAUUGACUCUUGCCAAAGUAAUGGGAUUGUCUAGUCACCCACAUUUCAUGGUGACAGCAGAAAAAGUGCCCAGAGGCCAGCAGGGUUUUGCCAGGUUGCUAAAGUUUGAGGCAGAGGGAACACAAAUUUCCAUCGAAAUGACAGGUGGCAGCAACGUUUGGCUUGACGGUCAGCGGAUCAGACUACCAUUUAGCUCAGCGUCCAAUCGAAUCCAAAUCUACCACAGCAGCAUUCACAGUAUCAUCCUUCGCACCUCCUUUGGUGUGACUGUGCAGACAGUUUGGCCUCACUUUGUGCGCGUCACCGCACCCAGUAUCUACAGUGGUUCACUGGGCGGACUCUGUGGUAAUUACAAUGGUCACCCACACGACGACUUCCGUACACCAAAUGGCAUCCUGGUCAACAGCUCUCAGGACUUUGGUGACAGUUGGAGAGAUGGCUCGCUCGCUGCACACUGUGUGGAAAGGGCAGUGAAUCCUAACCCCAGAAUAGAUUACAAUUCUAGUGAGUACUGCGGCAUUCUUAGCUCACCGCAUGGGCCAUUUGCCCAGUGUUGGGCUAUGGUGGACCCAAGGGAGCAUGUGGAUGCAUGUGUGUACAUCAUUAGUGCUUCUACAGAUCCAGCAUCAGCGCUAUGUGAGGUCCUCCGAGAUUAUGCACUAAUAUGUCAACAGAAGGGCGUGAGACUGGGAGACUGGAGGAAUGAAACUGACUGUGAUCAAAGCUGCCCUCUGAACAGUCAUUACGAAGUCUGUGGAAGCGAUUGUCCUUCUGCCUGCCCCAGCCUCUCUUUCCCUUUCACCUGUGCCACUGUGUGUCAGGAGGGUUGCCAGUGUGAUGAUGGUUUUGUUCUCAAUGGCGACCAAUGUGUGCUACCAACAGCCUGUGGGUGCUAUCACCAAGGACGCUAUCGCCAAGGGGGGGAACAGUUCUGGAAUGGUGAAGAAUGUCAGAGCUUGUGUGCCUGUAAUGGCACUACAGGUUUAGUCCAUUGUCGCCAGGACUCCUGUGGUCCCCAGGAGUCCUGCCGUGUGGUCGAGGCUGAGUAUGGCUGCCACCCCAACCCUCAUGGCACCUGCUCUGCCUCUGGAGACCCUCACUACCUCACCUUUGAUGGCAAGGCCUAUGACUUCCAGGGAACCUGCCGUUAUGUGUUGGCAACCCCUUGUAACGCCACUGAUGGACACCAUGACUUUUCAGUGGAAGCUAGGAAUGAGCAAUGGAGAGGUCUGACGGUGUCAAUCACAGCUGACGUUUUCGUAAAUGUUUGGGGCUAUGAAGUGCAUAUGUCGAGGCAGAGCCACGGUGUGGUAGAGGUGAAUGGAGUAACUAAAAACUUACCUGUUCUCUUGAAUGGAACUCAUGUUUCCAUCUAUGGAAGUGGAUCUCGCACAUUUGUUGAUGCUGAUUUUGGCCUGAGAGUCAUGUAUGAUGGAUCGUAUACAGUGUCUAUCACUGUGCCUCCAACCUACAGAGGAAAAACAUGUGGACUUUGUGGAAACUUCAAUGGCAAUCAGAAUGAUGAGUUCCACACCCCAACUGGAAUGAUGGUCAGCACUCCAGAUGAGUUUGGAAGAGCUUGGAAAGUGGCAGACAACGACACCUGCAGUGAUGGGUGUGGCUCCUCCUGCCCACGAUGUGCAAAUGUGAAUGAAGGUCCUGCCAGAGCCCAUUGUGGGUUGAUUCAAGCAGCUGACGGCCCCCUCAGCUUCUGCCAUGAGCAAGUGGACCCAGCACCAUAUUUCAACGACUGUGUGUUUGACGUUUGUCUUGAUCUAAAUCAAGCCCAAGAUCUUCUCUGUAGGGCCAUUCAAACAUAUGUCAGUGCCUGUCAGUCUGCUAAUGUUCGAAUCUACCCUUGGAGACAAAACACAACCUGCAGACUUGACUGUCCAGCCAACAGUCAUUAUGAGUUGUGUGGUACAGACUGUGGCCACACCUGUGCCAGCAGCACUGAUGCCACCUGUGAGCAGGUUUGCUCUGAGGGCUGUUUCUGUGAUGAAGGUUUUCUCAGGAGUGGGACGAGCUGUGUCGAUGUUGAAAGCUGCGGCUGUCAAUAUGACGGCUUCUACUAUAACGCUGGUGAGUCGUUCUGGACAGAGGGUUGCACCCAGCGAUGUGAAUGCCAUGCUCCCAAUGACCUGCGCUGUUCUGCUGCAUCUUGCACUCCUGCACAAGAGUGCAGCAUCAGACAUGGCCAACUAGGCUGUUUUGAUGCAAUGUCUACUUGCACUGUGUGGGGAGAUCCACACUACAUCACCUUUGAUGGUGCAGUGGCUCAUUUCCAGGGCACAUGCUCUUAUAUCAUUACUGAGAGUGUGAGCCACAGCGACAGUGACACACAGUUUCAGGUAGUAGCCACCAAUAAUCACAGAGGAAACAACCGUGUGUCGUUUGUAUCAGCCGUGGAUAUACACCUCUCAAAUCAGGCAGAGAGUGUGACUGUCAGGAUUGGAGCCAACAAAAGAGUGCAGGUAAAUGGAAGUGCAGCGUCUCUUCCAACCACUGUAGGAACAUUAGCUGAGGUGGUAAGAGAGGGAAGCUACAUAGUGGUCGAUGCCAUUGACUUGGUAGUCCAGUUCGACGGCCGAAGUACUUUACUGGUCAGACUGGGCCAGCAUCAUCGAAAUAAAGUCACUGGGAUGUGUGGAAACUUCAACAACAACCCUGCAGAUGACAAAGUCUUGCCAAGUGGCACAACGGCACCAAACGACAAUCAGUUUGGACACAGCUGGAAGUCAAACACAAGCCAACCAGGAUGUGGAUCCACAGAUGACAGGAGUGGUGGUGGAUUGAACGACUGUCCCUUUAGGGAGGAAUACUCUGAGCUCUGUAGUGUCAUCACCAACAGUAGCGGUCCAUUCAGUGAUUGCCACCUACACUCCAACCCACAGCCAUUUUUCACUUCCUGUGUCUAUGAUCUGUGCCUCUACACUCCAGCCAACGGCAUGCUGUGUUCUGCAGUCUCAGCCUAUGAAAGAACAUGCUCAGUUUUGGAGUUAAACAUCCCUGAAUGGCGCUCCACUUUGCAGUGUCCUGAGUCAGACCCCUGUGAACAGCUGGACUGUGCAGAGUAUGAGUGGUGCGGUGAGAAGGACGGUGUGUACGGCUGUUUCUGUGAUGAGCACCACCAUCGGCCCAACAAUGAGAGCUAUGAUUCUUCAAUCACUUGUGUCAGUAGUACAGCCACCAUGUCCGUGUCACGCUGCCAGCUGUUUGAGGCUGGCUUCCAUCCUGCUGCCCUCCAUCUCCGAGAUGACUCCUGCAAUGGGACUAUCCAGGACGGACGACUGGUGUUCAACUUUAAUAAUGACAAUCAUCUGUGUGGGACCCUUCUCAGGAGCAAUGGAACCCAUUUCAUCUAUGAGAACACCAUCCAGGGCGAUGUGGACCCUCAUGGAGGUGUAAUCAGCCGCCAGAGAAACAUUCACCUGCCCUUCUGCUGUGAAUACCCUCUGACCCAGGCCCUGUCUAUGGCUGUGGGCAUCAACCCCGUAGAGAGCAUUGUGGCAAGGAAGCUUCCAUCAGGCCAUGGACAGUAUCAAAUGAGGAUGAUCCCUUUCCAGGACGCUGGCUUCCGCUUCCCCCUGAGCAGCAGCAGUAACAUAGAAAUUGAAAUUGACCAGAGGUUGUAUGUGGAGGUGCGGACAGAAGGAGUUGAUGCACGACAGAUCUCCACCAUUAUAGACUCUUGUUGGGCGACACCGGUCAACCUCGCCAGCUACCCUGUCCGCUGGGAUCUCAUCAUGGAACAGUGUCCCAACGAAGCAGAUGGCACAGUAGUGAUCUUUCAGAACGGCGAAUCCACUGUGUCCCGAUUCUCCUUCAAGAUGUUCACCUUCACCAAUUUCACCACCAUCUACCUGCACUGUCAGGUCCACCUGUGUCUUUUGAGACACAACAACUGCACAGCUCGCUGCUACCCAGGUUACCACAGACGAGUUAUGAGGGACGUAUCCUCCUACCAUGACACGACACACAUCUCAAUGGGACCGCUCGUCAUGGCACCAAACAGGAUUGCCAGAAACGUGAAAUCGAGCAGUGCUUCAAGCCACCUGACCUCACUGGUGGCCCUGCUAUUCAGUUUGCUGACUGCCAAAACUCUGGUCUAGUGCAGUCAAACAUGAUACAGAUUCUACAGUCACUCAACAUACAUUUGCUUUUUGAUUGCAUUUCUUCCUCUUGUCGUUCUGUUUUAUGUUUGUGGUCUGUGUAAAGUAGAUGUAAUUAUCACUUUACAACAGUAGAGGAUGCCAAUCUGCAGCAUACUAAAGUUGAAGCCACUUGACCUUUUGUUGUAUUUGCUCUGUAUGAUGUUUAUCAUUUGUAUUCUUAGUUUCUUAAAGGGGUGGUUAUAAUUAAAUCUGUGUCAUAUAAGAAGCAAUCAUGUCUGCAACUGCUCUCAAGGUAGCAAACAGACUUUCUUUCUAAAUAAGUUCUGUGCGGUGGAUCUAAUAUGUGCUGAUUUGAAGAGUGAUUCAUGUGGAUGGAAGUUACAGAUACUACAGGGAUUAGUUAGAUAGUAACAGUGAACAACUGUUUAUCUGGUUCAGAAUAUUUCUUAGACAAAUGCUGUUUAAAUAACAAAAAGCCAGACCCUCGGUGAGGGACAAGGCAGAAUAAUUGACAAGGAGCCAGUAAAUAACUAACAGUCCAUUUCUUUGCAUUAUAUUAUGAUCAUGAUAAUCACCCCUCACCACCCUCCGUGGCCCAGCUGGCAGGCCAAAGCAGUCAAAGCUAAAAUUAAGUAACCCCAAUGGGAAUCUAGCUGUUUUUUUUACUGACUACAAUCAUCUUUGUGUGAAUGGGCUGAUGUAUUACAUGUAGCAUACA